GCACCCGAGACCUCAGUCGUAUAAAGCCUCCGCCUUCAUCUAAAGCCCUAAUCGAGAGAGAAAGAGAGUCGACUGCGAAGAUGGUUCAGCGUCUCGUGUAUCGCUCGCGUCACAGCUACGCCACCAAGUCCAACCAGCACAGGAUCGUCAAAACCCCUGGAGGGAAGCUAGUGUACCAGACCACUAAGAAGAGGGCAAGCGGACCCAAGUGUCCUGUUACUGGCAAGAGGAUUCAAGGGAUCCCUCAUUUGAGGCCUGCUGAAUACAAGAGGUCUAGACUGUCUAGGAAUCGGAGGACUGUCAACCGUGCUUAUGGAGGAGUAUUGUCUGGAGCUGCCGUCAAGGAGAGGAUUAUCCGCGCCUUUUUGGUCGAAGAACAAAAGAUUGUGAAAAAGGUGUUGAAGAUUCAGAAGGCUAAGGAAAAGCUAUCUGCCAAGCACUGAGCUUGAAUGAAGAGUCUAGUGAGUUUUAAGUAGCUUCUAGAGUGAUUUUGGCUAUUAGUGGGCUAUGGAAAGUAGUUGGAGGUGUUCCAAUUUCUUUUUCUGUGUUUUGGUACUGCUGAUUUAUGUUAUAAUGUUGAGUACAUUUUCGUUGAGAAAUCCACUGCCUUGAAUUUGCUUGUUGUCUUUCGGUGGUAAGAUAUACGUUUCAAUUUGUUGUGUAAUGACAGAUCAGUAGUGUUUCCUGCAAUGCUUAUGUCUUUGUUUAGUUA